CAUUAGAGGAACACUAUAACAUGGUGUUUUUGUAGAACUUUCCUUGAGAUAAUUAACCGAUCCACAGCUGAUUCAGCAUGAUAUUGGUCAGUAUUGCGUUGAAUGGCCGUCAACCAAUGACAAGUGUCGAGCACUUUUAGUCGAGAUGUCCACAGAUAACGUAUCAUAGUAGUUCAGUACGCUCCUGACUUUAGUAUUAUGAUAAUACAUGUGACUAACAGAUCGGACAUGAUGACUAGAGACUGAUCUACAUUUAUUACCACCUCAUUUAUUCAUUCUUUCAUCCGUCUGGCCUUGAUCGAUUCUCGCUUUUUUCGUAAUCAGAUUCUACGAAUUAUGGCCAAAAGGCACUGUUUUAUCAGUAGUAAUUGUCAAUGGUUAUUUGUGUUGCUAUUUCUGAUUAAUAUAUAUUUUGGACGGACUAUCUCUAGUCCGACAAUUACACCAGUCACUAGAAAUAUCUCUAGCAAGAGUGAAGUUGGUCAAUUAUCGACAAUGAGCCCGAAGAUAAGACAAACAUUAUGUAAUGAACCGACUGAAUCGACCUCAACACUAGUCACAAAAAACAUCUCUGUCGAGGCUUCCACUCCUCCUUCUCGUAAAGCUGGCUGUCUGCGGUCUAAUGGUGCUUCGUGUAAUACGUAUGUGGGAAGCUGGUCGUACUUCUAUCUCAGGAUCGGAGGAUGGCUUAUGUUGGGGAUUGUUCUUGUGGGCAUUGCUUGUUUGCUUAUAACACAUUUUCUUGGAAUGAAAAAAGCUCGAAAAGAUCCACGAAGGAAAAGGACUUUAUCAAGGUUAACUUGGACUGACGCGAAGACCAAGUCGAUGUUAGCCAAUUGGAUAUGAUCACGUGACCUGCUUCUUCAAUACUGGAGCAACGUGCUAUUUACCGGCCCAUCGGAUACACUAUAUUUAAGAUCCUAUUCAAUGAUGUAAAUCAAACCUGACUACUUAUAUCAUUAUAAUGAUUGCACCAAACAAGCUUAGAACCAUGAAAAUAUCAUAGAAAAUAUUCUGAAAGCGGAAAUUCGAUACAUUAGAGAAGCCAGAGAAAUAUCCAUUAAAAGUAUACAGAUUAUCACGUCCGGUUUAAAAUGCCGCGGAUAAAGUUACAAUAGUCAGCCAUACAAGUUUCAUACAAUUUCAAAUUUUGCUUGUGGAGAUAAAAAGAUGAAUUGUUAGUUUUUCUGAAAGUCGGAGAUGUCGAGAUAAAUGUGUUCUGGAUUGAGAUUUUUUAGUCUCUGAUAAAAACGUGUUCAGUGUAUAUUGAAGAAUCAAUAGUCGAUCUCACCGGUGGUUUAAACUGUACAUGGAAAAGCUUACUUGAAUGGAACAUUGGUAACACCGCCGGCAUACACCACCACCAACAGUGCUGCCUUCCGUUUUAUCUAGUGUUAAUUCAUUUGCUAAAUGAUUAUUUCUUCAAAAUCUAGAACUUAAUCUAAAUCAAUUAAAAAAAAGAAAAAGAAUUAGUAAUCACAACUCGUAGGCCUGUGAUAAGCUGAUUUUUUAGCGUUAAAUUUAACAGGUUUCUUAGCAAUAUUUUUUUCUCACAAAGAUAUCUCCGCUAUUUUAAGAGUUGAAUAUUACAGUGGCCUUGAUCAAAAAAUUUUUUUGCCUGAGCUAAAAAAAAGCUAACCCACGUGAUAGAUUCGAAUAACCUUCAAUCCUCAUUAGUUUUAAUAAGAUAUUUAUAAAUAUUAUAUUCAGAGAUAUUUACAAGGAAUUGCAGUUUCCUUCCCGAGUAGUUAUAUUUCCCCCUAAAUAAGCCUUAUUCUUUUAACUUCAC